AAUCCUGUGACGCUUUACUCUGGCACCGCCUCCUGGUUAUUCUCCACCCAAACCCCACGAAACACCAAAUCGCGCGAACCCAGGCAGAAAUCCAUGGGUGGCGGCAGCGGCUGUGGCGAUCUCAGCCCCACCUCCCCUUCGUCCUCCUCGGAGCACCUUCCACCAGGGUUCGCCGAUUAUGUGCCUGUUUUGUCGCCCUAUGACGGCGACUCUGACGGGUACUCUGUCUGCGACGACCCUGAGGCGGAGGCCCUUCUCUAUGGCAGCAGACUCCAGGUCCAAGACCGCUCGCUGCUGGAGGCGAAAGAGCUCAUCAGGAGGUAUAAUCCUGGGUACUGGAUUGAAGGAGUGAGUGGUACAAAAGCUGAGGACUAUGUGUUGCCUGAUAUCACCACAUUGUUGUUGGUGGGGCCUAGAGGUGCUGGGAAAAGCACACUUGUGAACCGAAUUACACGGGUCUUUGACAAGGAUGAUGAUCAUUUUGCCCCAGAGCGGGCACAGGUUUCUUAUAAUUCCAAAUCAACCAGUACAUGCUUCCUUCGGGAAUACAAAAUUCCAAGAAGUUCAAAUGGUAUAUGUCUAUAUGAUACAAGGAGCUUGUCCACAAACCCAGAAAAGGACUUCAAAAUUCUGCAACGUUGGAUGACAAAGGGAAUUAGCCAUGGGCAAAUGGUGAUGUGGGAUACUGAUGAUGACGCUAAGAUUAAGAACCUCGAAUCAAUGGGAAGACAAUACAGCUGUUUGCCUUGCAAAACCAGGAAGGUCAACUUUGUGAUAUUUGUGGUUGAUGGCAUUUCUAUCCUAAGAUCAAUUGAUAGCAACAAGAAAGAAUACAUGGAUAUGCUCUGCCAAACAUUUAUGAAUCCAUUCUUAUCUUUUGGAGAUGACAAGCCUGCUGUUGUGGUCACUCAUGGAGAUAGACUAUCAUUUGAACAACGUUCGCAUGUUCAGAAUGCAUUAGCAGAGACACUUGACAUUCCAAUCCAGCAAAUUUUUGAUAUACCAGGAUCUGAUGACUACAGAACCGAUAUGGCUGUGUUGGAUAUGUUGCGUUACUGUAUCCAAUGUGCUGAACAGAACUUCCCUUUGAAACUGAAUUAUCUUUUAGAGAUGCACGGGCGCGAGACCCUCACAAAGAUGAUGGCAUGGUUGAUGAGCUUAGAUGCAGUCAUGGAUGCCGCAAUAAUCUUCCUGUGCGUUGUAGCCCUUCUGCUUCGUGUAUCAGAUAAAUUCUUGUGAUGAUGAUAGCUGUGUUCUGCAUGCGGAUUGUAAAUAAAGUAGUGUAACCUUAAAAAGAGUUCUCUGGAGUAGCAUAUAUCAAUGAUGUUAUGCAACACACAUUCUGCCACUACGGAAGAACAAUGUCAACUAUAUCACCAUGGUACAUGAUAUGUACUGUCUAAACAUAUUAUGAAAGAACUUUCCACUGCA